GUUCAUGUAAUGCUUCUUAUUCCAAUUCUUAUAGGAAAAGAAAUUGAAGGCUUAAGUUUGGUCUUACAUUUUUCUAGGACAACCUAGACAACUACCCUUCAAAGUUCAAACAUAGGAUUACAUCCAAAAAACAUUAAAUUCAAAUUCAAUCUUGUUGUUUUAAGGGACAACAUUUGAUCAGAAUAAUCUUUUUUCUUCCACAAUAUUCCCUUUUCUUUUAUCUCAUCUCUAAAAAGACAAAGACUUUAUAUAGAGAGUGUUAUAACUUAAGUUUCAUUCUUGAACUCAAUCUUCAUAUUUUUCAUCAUUCUGACUCUUACCCAAUUGAAAUCAUGAAUGUGGUGGGAAAAGUAGGAAGUUUGAUAACCCAAGGUGUAUACUCAGUUGCCACCCCUUUUCAUCCUUUUGGUGGGGCAGUUGACAUCAUUGUUGUUCAACAACAAGAUGGAAGCUUUAGAAGUACUCCUUGGUAUGUACAAUUUGGUAAGUUUCAAGGUGUUCUUAAGGGUGCUGAGAAAAUGGUUCAAAUCAAUGUAAAUGGUGUUGAAGCCAAUUUCCAUAUGCAUCUUGAUAAUUCCGGUGAAGCUUAUUUUGUAAGAGAAGCCGAUUUAAUCGAAAUUGGAGACCCAAAACAGGUGUUACAGGAUGAAAAGGAACCAACUUUAGAUCAUAGUUUUGGUGUAGAUAAUAGCCAGUGUAAUAUAAAUGAAAAUAAUGUCGAGAACUUUAGGUUGCAGAGUACUUUGUCUGACCCUGGGUUCUUUUCGGAAGAUUAUUCUUCGUUUGAUCGUUUAGAAAGGACAGACUCUGAUGCUUGUAGGUUUUAUGAUUUUCAAGAUGAUCAGUCUUUUGAUGAGUCUAUUGAGUUGUCAUCCGAGUAUGGAUCUAGUCGGUAUGAGAAUAUGGAGGGUGUAGAGAAUUUUGUGGAAGCACAAGGUUCGGAUUCUGAAAUGGUUUUAGUGAGUGUAGAUGGUCAUAUUUUAACGGCACCUAUCUCAUCAUCCGAGCAUAACACCGAAAUUGUGCAACUGGAUACACCUCAGUUUCAUUUAGGACCCGGUAAAGAUUCCACAUGGGAUUCUCAAUACCUUAAUGAUCUAGAGUUGCCCUCCAUUAAAUCGGAAUCUGUCGUUGCUAAUUCCCACGAGGGCAUUGCUCGUAUUGUUGAAAUUGAGGCACAUACACAUGAAGAUCGAGAAAGUGAUGGAAAUGGUAUCCGACUGUCAGAAGUUUGUCUAAAUGAGGAAACUGACAAUACGCCUGAGUUAGGAUCUUGUAAAGAGAACGGAAAAUCUACCCAUAAAAAAGUUAAUACUUGUGUAGAUUUUGAAGAUUAUAGUAAGAGUGAAUUUGAAGCUAUUGGAGAUGAGACAAUUUUACAUGAAGAUGGAGUCGAGGAAAUGCAUUUUCCCGAAGCAUUGGAUAAUGAGGAGUGUGAACACCAAGAAGAUGAUAAGAGUGUUAAGAACCAAGAGAGAGAUGUCUAUGGGCACAUUGAUAUUGAAGAAGUUAUUGAAAGCAAGGAGAGGGAUCGCACCGGUGAAGAAGCUAAUGAUUAUGGUUUCAUGCCCGCUAGUAAUGCUUUAGCAUGCAAGGAUGAGCCAUCCAGACUACAUUCACCCGUCAAGAGCGAUAUAUAUAGUGUAGGGACAAAUAUCUCUGACACCAUAUCAGAUGAAAGUGAAGAUCGUAGACAGCACGCCAGCAGUUCAUCUGAUCAAAUUCAAUCGAAUCUCAAACCAACACUGGAGAUCUCUCUUUGUAGCCACUUACUCCGUCCUGGAAUGGGAUUAGCGGCUGCUGAUGAAGCCUUCAAUGCUCAUCGUUUAUCCGAGGAAGAGUUUAGGAGUACAGCAUCAUCAUUGAUUAAAAAUGAAAACCUGAUUAUUAGAUACAACGGGAAAUACUUACAGGGGAAGCAAGCUGCUCCCAUUGUCUUGGGACUGGCUGCAUUUGGCGUGAAUCUUCCAAUCGAGUCCAAAGAUGCCAUAGCAGUCGAACAGGAAGUUGCAUCAAAUCUUGGGCUUCACGAUUCUGGAAGUGCUUCUGGGCGCAGAUGGAGACUCUGGCCGAUUCCUUUUAGAAGGGUGAAGACUCUUCCACGAUCAACGAGUAACACCUCAGAGUUAGAGGACGUGUUCGUUGACUCUGAAUCAUUUUCACGAAGUCCAUCCUUUAACAUAACUCCUAUGUCAGAGUGUGAUACUCCGUUAUCGGCUACUGGUUCAAAGUCCGCUAACAAGAAGAUAGUCAGGACUAACAUCCCCACUAAUGAGCAGAUAUCGUCUUUGAAUCUGAAAGAAGGCCAAAACGAUGUGACUUUCAGUUUCAGUACUAGGGUCCUUGGAUUACAACAGGUUGAGGCACAUAUAUAUCUUUGGAAGUGGAAUGCGCGAAUUGUUAUUUCUGAUGUGGAUGGGACAAUUACUAGAUCGGAUGUUCUUGGUCAAUUUAUGCCGUUGGUUGGGAAGGACUGGUCACAAUCCGGUGUGGCUCGCUUGUUUUCUGCCAUCAAGGAGAACGGAUAUCAGCUACUCUUUUUAAGCGCACGCGCAAUUGUCCAGGCUUACUUGACGAAAAGCUUUUUGUUUAACCUAAAGCAGGAUGGGAAAACACUGCCAAAUGGACCGGUCGUUAUUUCACCUAAUGGAUUGUUUCCCUCGUUAUAUCGUGAAGUAAUCAGAAGAGCUCCUCAUGAAUUCAAGAUUGCAUGCUUGGAGGAUAUCAAGGCUCUAUUUCCUCCCGAUUACAAUCCAUUUUACGCAGGAUUUGGGAACCGAGACACAGAUGAGCUUACGUAUAGAAAGAUUGGUAUCCCAAAGGGAAAAGUUUUCAUAAUCAAUCCAAAGGGUGAAGUAGCUAUUAACCAUCGGAUUGAUGUGAAGUCGUAUACUUCAUUGCAUACACUAGUCAAUGAUAUGUUUCCUCCUACAUUGAUGGUCGAGCAGGAGGAUUAUAACGCAUGGAAUUUUUGGAAGGUGCCAUUGCCGGAUAUCAAUGCUUAGCUUGUGAAAACGGCUAAUCAAACACGAAGAAUCAAAACAAUUCGUAAGGGGGGACGGGAAUUGUUUCGUUCUGGGUUGUUCGAAAAUAUUGCAGGCGCCAAGGCGAAGGCGUUGACUACUAAAUUGUGUAUAUGUGAGUUAGAUAGUGAUUUUACAUGAAGGGUAUUCACUCUUGAUUAGUAUUAGUAAUAAGAUAUAGUUAUUAAUUGUUAAUCUAAAA